CGUCUGUGGCGUUAUCGUCGUUGUGUAUUGCUGUCAAAAAUUGUCUCAGUGGUUAUUUCUCAGUCAAGGCGAGUAAACAAUCGAUUUUAAAAUGCAUACGCUGCGGUUGCAAUGUCAGCGAUUAAAUUUAUACCAAAGUGCAUCGCAUUUAUUGGAAAAAUAUGUGAAAACAUCGAUAAGUGCAUGUCGUUCAAACUUAACCACCAAGUCACCUAACCUUGAUGACACGGAACAAUUCAAAGCAGCAGUUUUACAUCCGAAAAAAACAAAUUUGUCCAUUGAAACACUGGUGUUACCUGAAACAGCGGCCGAUGGCAUGGUUCGUGUCGGCAUUGAUUAUUGUGCAAUAAACAAUCAUGAUGUGAGGUGUAUUUAUGAAGAUAUUAGCACGGUGACCUUGCCAUUUAUACCAGGUAGUGAAUUUAGCGGUGAAAUUCUUGAAAUCGGACCAAGUUGUAAGGGCAAAUUUAAAAUUGGCGAUAAAGUUGCGGUUUUAGGUGACAAACAUAUUGGAGGAGGAGUGUCACAUCAAUGCUUUGUACCAGAAACUGAGUGCAUUCACAUCGACCCGCGUGUAUCACAAAAAGAUGCGGCAACCAUCGUUCAGGGCUAUUCAAACGCAUUGCUUGCAUUUACAAAGUAUGCACCAAUCAAAGAGGGCGAUGAUAUUAUAAUCCUUGCUGGACCUGGCGGUGAUGGAUUGGCUGCCAUUGAAAUUGCACAUAAUAUUUUUAAAGCCAAUGUUCAUGUUGUCUUUGCCAGUAAAUCAAUUGAUGGUCUUGUCAGAGACGAAUCAGCAUUUAAGGCAAUAAAUUAUAAUGUCGGACUCACAAAAGUGUACAAUUUCUUCAAGAAUACACUCGGAUCGAAGCAAUUCAAAGGCGUUUUUGAUACAUACGAUUCAAAAAUGCUACAUGUUGUAUCUGACUUCAUUUCAUCGAAUGGAUAUUUUCUCACUACGGACACAUUCUUUUCGCCAGAAACAUUUGAAGCGCCCUAUUUUAAGAAAGAUACCGGUAAACAAAAAAAGAAGAAAGCAACAAUCGAAGAAAUUGAAGAAGAGGAAAAUAUUGAUUGGGCUUCACGCGUAAAACAAGUAAACAUAACAAAGUAUCAAAUUGAUGAUCGUGAGUUUUACGAAAAGAUUGUAAAUCAAGCCUUUGACUUGCACGCAAAUGAGAAAAUCGAUCCAUUUGUGAGCCAAGUGUGGAAUAUGCGGGACAUAAAUAAAGCGGUACAAUUUGUGAAUUUAAAAAAGUGCCUGGGAAAAGUUCUCAUUGACACACAACGUAAAAAAACUUAAAGUCUGUAAUUAUUUUAAGAUAGAAUUAUAAAUAUUGAAAGUCAAAGAUAUUUUUAAAUAAAAAAACAAAAUUCUGACUAUAAAAUUACAUUAAAAAA